AUGCAUGAUAAAGGAGUUACCAGUUCAGGACAUCCUACAUUUCAAGCACAUAGCUUUAAGUGUUUUUGCAGAGAGAAGAGCUCUGUGGUGUCCUCUCAGCGACGGUUGGAGAGGAAACUAAAGGAGCUGAACAUCACCCUGGAUGAGGAGAGACAGCAGCACACAGAGCAGAGAGACCAGCUGACUCUGCGUGUGAAGGCUCUGAAGAGGCAGGUGGAUGAAGGAGAGGCAGAAGCAGAGCGGCUGGAGGGAUUGAGGAGGAAGGCCAUCAGAGAAAUGGAGGAGAUGCAGGAACAGAAGGAGGCGCUGCAGUCCAAAGUCACGGCACUAGAGAAUGAACUCAAGAGGAAGAUCCAACAGGCCCGACAGUCAGCUCUGGAGUCUUCAGUGCUCAGCUGUGAUGAUGAUGAUGAUGAUGAAGGAUUGUAUGAUCAUUCCAGCAUAACCUCCAUCCUCACCGAGAGCAACCUACAGACCAGUUCCUGCUGAAGACUGAGAGAUGAAUCUGGAAUUCCUCUUCAUUGAUGCUUCAUUCCUGGACACACAGUAGCUUCAGUCCUGCUCUAAAACUGAUAAUAGAAACUUCAGUCUUCUGGUUUCUACUUUUGAUCUUUACGCCACAUCACUA